CGGUAAGGUACGGUACGCAAACAACAACAACAACAACUAGUAUUUCCCAUUUUGUUCUGUGUGUAAAAGGUAUUUUCCGCACGAACGUUAAAUGACAAAUUUUACAACUUGUGUUUGAACUGUAUACAGUCUGAACUGGUUGGUGUAGCAAUGGGUGAAGCCUACCAGUACCAUGUAACGAUGUUAGUGUGCAGGGAACAGGAAGAUGCCAUUCGAGCUUUGUUUAGGGACAACAAUUGGACAUGCUGGCUAAAUGUAUUAUCGGAACAGACAGUUGCAGAUAUCAGAGCAUUUGGCUACCAGUAUAUUUUUUCAGAUGAUAUGAAAUACCCAGAUCAGAGCAUUGUCAAGUCCGAAUUUAUAGAGAUAAAAUCAGAAGUUGUUAAUGUAGACGAUGAACUGGAUACUGAUUCAGAAAUAUUUGGAAGUCCCCAUGGAGAUAAUGCGAUACAAAAAACAUGGGGAAAUCCUCUUGGAGAUAAUGAGGUACCUGAAUAUUCUGGAACACCUCUUGGAGAUAAUGAGGUACCUGAAACUUCUGGAACACCUCUUGGAGAUAAUGAGGUACCUGAAACUUCUGGAACAUGUCUUGGAGAUAAUGAGGUACCUAAAACUUCUGGAAUACUUGGAGAAAAUGAGGUACCUAAAACUUCCGGAAUACCUCUUGGAAAUAAUAACGUACCCAAAACAUCUGAAAUUCCUGUUGCAGAUCUUGAGAUGCCUGUGACAUCUGGAAAUCCUACUGCAAAUUAUAAGUUACCGAUGUCAACUGCUUUUGGUACUGCCAAUUAUAUGAGACAUAAAAACCCAAUUAUUCCCACUGCAAACUAUCAAGUGCGCACAGCAUCUGGAAUUUUUCCUGUAAAUUAUAUGGGCUUUAAAGCACCCACUCCUGAUGUUGCAGGUGUACCAGCAUCUGGUUAUGUGUCAGAUUUGGUAACAAAUGAUAAAUCAAAACCUACUGGUGUUGUCGGCGUUCCAGCUUCUGGUUACGUGUCAGAUUGGGUAACAAAUGAUAAUUCAAAAUUUACACACCAACUAAGUCGUUUCCGGCCGAUUCAGAAAAGCACCAGCUCUAAAUGUAAUGUCUUGGAUGAGUUUGACAAACACAUUCCGUCAACAGGGAGAAUAAUCAAGAAAAAUGAGGACAAAGGUGAUACAAACAAAAUCGAUAAGGCUCCGGUCGAAAUUCAACAGAGGAAGAGGCAAUCAUUUAACUAUUUGUUUUGUCCCGAUUGUGACUCAAAAUUUCUUACAUAUGAACAGUUAUGGAAACACAGAGAUGAAGCGAGACAUAAACUACCUAAAUUGCGGCCACUUGGCCAGAUGAAAAAGAAGUUCAGCCCUGAGGAGCUAAUGAAGAUGGGAUUUACAAAAUGUACAGAAUGCAGUAGCUACUUUCCGACCCAAAGAAAAUUAAGACAACAUUUAUAUGCGAGUCAUAGAGAAAUAAUGCCCCCUCCAACCUGUCCAGUAUGUGGAGAAGACUUUCAAUCAUACAAAGAACUAUACAAGCACAAACGUGAGAAGCAACAUAACGACAGUUUAUGGCGUCUGAACAGCUAUCAGUGUGAUACUUGCGGUAAACAUUUCACCAAAUACGAAAACUUCAAACGUCAUAAACAGAUGUCGUGUGGAAAAAGUGAGGCAGAACUCGAGGCACUACGUGUACACCCAUGUGAAAUCUGUGGGAAACGAUUUACAACAUUAAGAUCUGUAAAGCACCAUAUGAGCGUAGUUCAUGAAACAGAUGAAUCAGUCUGUGACAUUUGCGGAAAAGUGUGUAAAAGUAAAUUCGCUUUACGUGGGCAUAAACUUAGACAUAGUGAAAAGAACAGGAAGUUUGUCUGUGAUGAGUGUGGUAAAGGAUUUUUUACCAGUACAAUUUUAAAACAGCAUAAACGUUGCCAUACUAAAGAGAAACCAUUCAAAUGUCCGUUGUGUGAGUACACAUGCUCAGUUCCCGGAAAUAUAAUUAAACAUGCGCGUAAUGUGCAUAAACAGCAAGUACUACCAGUGAAUUUGACAGAUUCAAAACAGUAGCAUUCCACAGACAGUAGCUGAAAACAUAUUUGGGGAUAUAUAUUGCUUUUGUGCUGUCUGUCUGUCCAUCCACCCAGACUUUGCUAAAAGAAAUCAGUACCAGAGCUAGUUUCACAUAUUCCUUAUUUUCUAGGGGAUUUAUUUUUGAUGGAGUAAUGGCCCCUUUUUAUUCAUUGAAUUAAGUUCUAAUGAGAAACUUUAAAACUUCUCAUGAACCACCUGAUUGAUAUCAGAUUUGUUCAAAUGGUUCAGCUCGGGCCCCUUUUAUAGGGGCUGUCAAAAGCUAAAAACAGAAAAUCAUAUAGUGUGCAAUUUACAACAUUCUCAAGUGAACAACUUGGAACCGUCAUGGCACUCUCAUACAUUUCAUUCAAACUACGCCUCCUACAUGUAUACUACUGAUUGGAUUUAAAUGAAACUAUAUAGGAUUGAUUAACAAGCAUAAUAGCACAUGGGCUUUUUGGGGUGUUUAAUUUUGAUGGAGCUAUGGCCUUUGAAAUAGUGAUAUAUUAAGACCUUAUUUCCAAUCAAUAAUAGGCUUGAUUGGAAUAGUAAGGUCAUAGUUAUGUGCCCUUGAUUGAUAAAAAAUGCAGUGUUUGGGAACCUUUAUUUCAUAAUCAAGCCUAAUCAUAUUCACAAAGAAUGUAUAUACCAGUAAUCUCUUUCAGCUUCUUAUAUGGGCCAGUCAGAAAAAAUGUGUUAUGUGCUGUUGGAUUAUCAAUAAAUGAGCCAUGCCAUGAGAAAACCAACAUAGUGGGUAUGCGACCAGCAUGGAUCCAGACCAGCCUGCGCAUCCGCGCAGUCUGGUCAGGCUCCAUGCUGUUCGCUUUUAAAGCCUAUUGGAAUUGGAAAAACUAUUAGCGAACAGCAUGGAUCCUGACCAGACUGCGCGGAUGCGCAGGCUGGUCUGGAUCCAUGCUGGUCGCAUACCCACUAUGUUGGUUUUCCCAUGGCACGGCUCAAAUGUAAUAUUUCACUAUUUACACUCUAGCACCUUCAUUCCUGAAUGAAUCAUACCACAUUUACAUAGAAUGAAUAUACUUGUAAUGUCAGAGUACCACCAGUGUAUUUAAUAAUUCUGGUUAUGGAAAAUACUAAAAUGUUCAAACAGAUAUGGGAACCCACUCAGGCUUUCGCAAACCAAAGUGCACUGCGCAAACAAUUUAAAGCCCAGUGUGGGCCCUAUUAAUUUAAUUCAAUGUUAGAUUGGGUAAUAUUUUUGGUUGUAUUUUUAUCAGACAUACAGAUUUAAAACUCAUGAAUAAUAAAAAAAGUAUUACCUCAGAUAGUAUUGAUACAUGUUGACAGAAAAAAGAAGUUCAGAUUGAUAUUUGGAAGUCGCAAAACACUUAAUAAAAGCAAGAUAGAAGUUAUCCAAUCUCCAUUCUUUUUAAUGUGCUUUCUUUAUUAUAGCCUGUUAGAAAUUUAUAGUAAUAGUUCAUAGAUAUUAUAAGGGUUACAUAUUUAAAUAAAUAUUCUACAGAACUCGG